AUGGCCACCGCCCGCAUCCGCACUCCAGAUGAGCCGCCCAGCGCGGCUUGGAACUUCGAGGGUGCCGAUUACGUCGGCUUCGGUAAAUGGCCGCAGCAAGAUGAGUUUGAGGACAAAGACAACGUAGAAUGCGCAACGGAGGAUCGGGGGCCAACUAGGCCUCCGGAGGUUAAUGCUUGGCCGGACGAGGACGACGAAGAUGACCCAGAUUGGACACCGGAUGCACAGAGUUCCAGCGAUGAAGAGCCUCUGGAGUAUGAUUCCGAAUGGGAGUCUGAGAGUGAAGGUAUCGAGACCGGAGUUUCAUCCAUGUCUGUUCAGGAGGACAGCAACUGCUCUAAUAAUGCACCCGACCAUUAUCCUCUUACGGAUCUCUGCGAACGCCAAUUUCCUGAUCGUUUACCGCAUGGAACAUGGCACAAUGGUUUGGCCUAUUACACAGGCGAUCGACAACAUCCACAGAAAUGGUCUCUACUAGGCCUUGGCCAUUCAAACGCGCCCCCAGAACACAUCGCCUCACCCUCAUGCCAAAGCAUGCAAGGCAUCAACGGCCAUGUCCUCAGCGUUGCACAAAUGAAGAACUGUCGAAAUAUCCGAUAUCUCGUCCCCAAGCCGUCCAAUUGGAAAGCUGAUUCAAGUGAUCAACUUCUCGAGGGGAGCCGGAAUAAUAUGUUCUAUGUGUCUGGAGAGUCAAACGGGUCAAACAUGAUUGAGAGCAGAAAUUUCAGAGGUAUUCACUCGGUUUAUCCACCACGACAUGGAUUGAAGGAAAUAAGUACCAGUUGGCUGUUUGUCACUGAAGGUUGCCUGGAGCUUGAAGAGUUGUUGGCUCCACUCCCAGUGCAUUCAUAUUGUCUAGAUUUAUAUGCAAAAGCUUCACUCCGUCGUCUAGGAUACGUUGACCUGAAUGGACUGUGGCACUGGCGCGAGAUGCGAAACAUGCCAGCUGCAUACGGCGUUGAAGAUCGUAUUCCGGAACGAAUACGGAAACAGAUACACUUGCCGCAACUGCAACGAGCCCGCCAGCAGUGGGACUGGCCUUGGUGCCAUAUCCCUGGCGAUGAGUGGCUUGCUGCAAACCCUGUUGAGAUCCCCGGUAUAUCUCGAGUCUUGGCGUUGUGCAUGAAAGACCUGAACAUCAAGGGAUACACCGAGCAGACAACACGGCUCUUGACCCUGCCUGCUGAGACUAUUCAACAUACUCUAUCGUUUCUUAACAUAACCGACCUUGACAACGCGGCCAAGACUUGCAGAGCGAUGUUCAAGCUUGUGCAGCCGAUAUUCAGAACAAGUGUAAUGAGGGACAUGCCUUGGCUGUGGGAGGUUCUUGAGAGUAACGAAUAUCCUGCGUCUCGUUACUGCCUACCAACAUGGGAUCCUCUCUGCCCUCUUGGUGUGCCACCACCAACACUCCCUGUCGGAUUAGAGUCUGAAGAAGAGGAGGAGAAUCGAUGGGUACCCAUCAUUCUUGAGGACCCUGAGAUGGAGCCGGUCUACGAGGCGACCAAGACUGUUAACGAUCAGCGCCGAAAGGAGAUCAUAGCACCUUACCAUGAAAGGCUGAAGGCCUUAGAGAAGGAUUGGCACUGCUUUCGUAAAAACGUGGAAGCCUGGAUGCAUGGCAAAGGCGAGCGGCGUGAUAUGAAUUGGAGGAGAGUAUGGCUUCUAUUCAACCCUGCGACGACCCCAUUGCCGGGUAUAAGAAACAGGGCGAGGAUCUGGAAGGAUUGUGAGAGUAUCAUGCACUUUGUUGCUUUAGCUCGUGAGGAGGGGAGUGUGGAUGAAAGGCAUAAGGAAUUGGAAGCCAAGAUAUCAGAGCUGGUUGAUGAGAACUCGAAUGGGUUGCUUGAUACGGAGCCAGAUGUCCCUAACAACGCUAUUUCUGAGCCUUAUCCCCGUGCCGCAAGCCUCCUUCAGCUCUUCGAUGAACGGCCCAUCCCUAUCGUUGCACCGAGUACCACCCAAAAGAUAUCCUUCGAAGGCGUCGAUCCAUCAGAUCAAGCGACACUCGUUGUCAAGGCAUUCCACGAUGCCUUAACAGAUGAUGAUACCCAAACUCUUCAAGAUUGCUUCUUCACUGAUCAAGCCUACUGGAAGGAUGCAUUGGCCUUCACCUAUCAUUUGCGAACCUUUUAUACGCCUCCAAUCAUAGCUGCCAAUUUGUUGGAGACCAACAGGAUGAGAGGUCCCUCUGUGACAUGGAACAUGGAGAGCGCGAUUUUCGUCGCUGCGACACCAGUGCUGGUAGCUUCAUGCAGUGCAAGGAUCGUACUCCUCCCAGUCGAGAUGAGCGAGGGCAAGCUUGAGUGGAAGAUCUGGAUUCUGAGCACCAAACUCGAGAACCUCAAUCUUCAUCCAGAAAAUGAAUCUCUGCUUCAACUACCUGGUCGUAACUGGAGUGGUAUGACAGAGAUUGACACUGAUGUCUUCAUCAUUGGCGGUGGCAACGCCGCUGCUGCUCUCGCAGCUCGGCUCAAGACCUUCGGCGUCGAGAGCGUCAUGGCUGAACGGAAUGAGCGUGUUGGCGAUAACUGGGCCAAGCGCUACGACUGCAUGAGGUUUCACGUGCCAACUUCAUUCUGCGACAUGCCUUACAUGAGUGUUUCCUCGCAAAAGCCGUAUGUUCCCGAUAUUGCAAAUGCAGAGAUCUACAAAGGGAUCAAAAUCCACUCGUCGGAUUACAAAAAUGGCAGAGAAUUAGCCGAGAAAGGCGUCAAGUCUGUCCUCAUCAUAGGAUCAGCAAACACGGCUUUCGACGUCCUCGGUGACUGUCAUGCAGCUGGUCUGGAGCCGACGAUGGUCGUGCGGUCGCCAACAUACAUCUGCCCAUUUGAGUACAUCUGCAACGACGUCAGUCUAGGCGCGUACAAUUUUGACGUGGCACGCGGCGACAGAAUGUUUCUCAUGCUUCCAUCCGCGGUUGAAGGUCAACUUGCGCGAAACCUCUUCAGAAUGCUCGCGUGCCAAGAGCCAGAUCGCUAUGCUGGUCUUAGGGAAUCUGGAUUCCCUGUGCUAGACAGUGUGGACCCUAAUCAAGCACUCUUCUCUAAUUUGAUUGAGAGAGCUGGCGGGCACUAUGUUGACGUCGGCGGAACGGAUAUUAUAGCCCAGGGCAAAGUUAGCGUCAAGGCAGGAGUCGAACCAGUCGCGUUUACUGAGGAUGGUCUUCAGUUCUCAGAUGGAAGCUCGGCCGCUGCGGAUGCCGUGAUCUGGUGCACCGGCUUCGCUGAUCGUGACGUUCGAUCCGUGGUUGCUGCAAUUCUAGGAGGUGAUAAACAGACCAUCAGCGAUGAAAAGAUCUUUGGACCUCGCGAGAUUGCUGAUCGUCUCGACACAACAUGGGGCAUUGACGCUGAGGGCGAGGUACGAGGCAUGUGGAAGAGACACCUGAGACUAAAGAAUUAUUGGGUCAUGGGGGGUUAUACGCAGCAGCAUCGGUGGCACUCGCGGACGCUGGCUUUGCAGAUCAAGGCUGCGUUGGAGGGGAUUCUUCCUCCGGCUUAUCGGGAGACUCUUGGAAGAGGUUAA